ACAGUAGCUAGCUGAGACUAACUACGUCUACGCGUAUAUGACAGUUAACUGAGAUCGCGGGUUUCGUUUUGAACCAUGGAAGGAGAACAAUCUUUAAUGACCAAUGGGUUUCUUUUUGUAGCGGAGAAGGGUUCUGUUAUCCGAUCGCAACAUCUAACAAUGGAGCGGUUCUAGGGUUUCCUCAAACCCGCCUACUGUAUACACAUUUCAGUUAAGACAGCUUGAAAAAUGUCUCGACAAAUCACAUCUACAGCCUUCCACAAAUCCAAGACACUCGACAAUAAAUACAUGCUUGGAGAUGAGAUUGGGAAAGGAGCGUAUGGCAGAGUAUAUAAAGGUUUGGAUUUAGAGAAUGGGGACUUUGUUGCAAUCAAGCAAGUGUCUUUGGAAAAUAUUGUCCAAGAGGAUCUCAACAUUAUCAUGCAAGAGAUCGAUUUGCUCAAGAAUUUGAACCACAAGAACAUUGUCAAAUAUUUAGGAUCCCUAAAGACAAAGACUCAUCUUUUCAUAAUUCUUGAGUAUGUGGAGAACGGUUCACUUGCUAAUAUUAUCAAACCCAACAAGUUUGGACCAUUUCCAGAGUCUUUGGUUGCUCACUUCAUUGCUCAGGUACUGGAAGGGUUGGUUUAUCUACAUGAGCAAGGUGUGAUUCAUAGGGAUAUCAAAGGUGCAAAUAUAUUGACAACGAAAGAGGGUCUUGUGAAACUUGCAGAUUUUGGUGUUGCGACUAAGUUAACUGAAGCCGAUGCAAAUACACAUUCAGUUGUUGGAACACCAUAUUGGAUGGCCCCUGAGGUAAUUGAAUUGUCCGGAGUUUGUGCCGCAUCUGACAUCUGGAGUGUUGGCUGUACUGUUAUUGAGCUUCUUACAUGUGUACCUCCAUACUAUGAUCUCCAGCCCAUGCCUGCUCUCUUUCGGAUUGUCCAGGAUGAGCACCCGCCAAUUCCUGAUAGUCUUUCUCCUGCAAUUACUGAUUUUUUGCGUCAAUGCUUCCAAAAGGAUGCUAGGCAAAGGCCUGACGCGAAGACAUUACUUUCACAUCCUUGGUUGCAGAACUCAAGGCGUGCUUUGCAGUCCUCUCUGCGUCAUAGUGGAACACUAAGAAAUAUAGAUGAAGAUGAAUCAGUAGAUGUGGAGUUACUAAAUCACAGCUCGGCUGAGGCAGCUUCUGCUGAUAAUUCAAAGGGUCCUGGUUCAGUGUUGCCUUCUCUGCAGGCUGUUGAGGUUAGCAAGUUGGCUGAAACAGAAUUUUCUUGCAUAGAUCAUGUUGCGGCAGAAGUGGAUAACCUUGAAGAUGAUCUCAUGUCAGAUCAAGUUCCCACCCUAGCUAUUCAUGAUAAAUCUCUUGUAGAUAGCUGCUCUGUUAAUUUUGCCAGUAAUCACGAGGCAGUUUCUUUGAGUUCAUCAAAUUUUCACGAGUCAGAGUUAGGUGAGCAGAAAAAUGUGUUUCCAAAUGCAGUCCAAGAUCCCUCUGACUCUGGAAUAGAAAAUGGAGGAUCAAAAAAAGUUGAGGAAAGGUGGCAAGCUUUGCAGGUUGAUCAUGGAUCAUUUGGUUUCAGACCCAAUAACCAUGGUCAUAAUUCUCAAAAGGCAAUGAAGGUGUUGGUGAACUCUGGAGGCAAUGAACUUAGCAGAUUUAGUGACCCUCCAGCUGAUGCCUCGUUGGAUGAUUUAUUUCAUCCUCUGGAGAAAACUCUGGAGAAUCAGGCUGCUGAAGCACCUUCUUCUGCAUCAUCUUCAAAUAUAAAUCAAGGCAACCCAUUCCCUGACUCUGGGAAAAACAACCUGGCUACCAAAUUAAGGGCUACAAUUGCUCAAAAGAAAAUGGAGAACGAAUCAGGACAAGGAAAUGGUGGAGAUUUACUUCGUCUUGUGAUGGGUGUUGUAAAGGAAGAUGUAAUUGACAUCGAUGGUCUGGGUUUUGAUGAUAAAUUGCUUGCAGAAAAUUUGUUUCACCUUCAGGCUGUGGAAUUUACCAAGUUAGUCUCGUCUUUAAGACCAGAUGAGCCAGACGACGUGAUUGUGUCUGCAUGUCGGAAGUUGAUGGUUUUCUUUCAUCAGCGGCCUGAGCAGAUAGUUGUUUUUGUUACUCAGCAUGGCUUGCUUCCUCUGAUGGAACUACUGGAAGUUCCCAGAAUUCGUGUCAUAUGUUCAGUAUUGCAAGUAUUAAACCUGAUAAUCAAAGACAACACAGAUUUCCAAGAAAAUGCUUGUCUUGUGGGACUUGUUCCUGUUGUGAUGAGCUUUGCUGCACCUGACCGUCCACGAGAAAUUCGCAUGGAAGCAGCAUAUUUUUUUCAACAACUUUGCCAAUCGAGUUCCUUGACACUGCAAAUGUUCAUUUCGAAUCGGGGCAUACCUGUUCUUGUUGGCUUUCUGGAAGCUGACUAUGCAAAAUAUAGGGAAAUGGUGCAUAUGGCUAUUGAUGGCAUGUGGCAGGUGUUUAAGCUUCAACACUCCACACCAAGAAAUGAUUUUUGCCGUAUAGCUGCAAAGAAUGGAAUACUGCUCAGGCUUAUAAACACACUUUACAGCUUGAAUGAGGCAACCCGUCUAGCUUUAGCAUCUGGAGGUGGGGUUUCAGCAGAUGGUGUAAUUGCACAGCCACGUUCUGGCCCUCUAGAUCCUAGUAAUUCCUCUUUUAUGCAGAAUGAGACAUCAACUUAUGGAGCUGAUCAUCCAGAUUUACUUAAACUUAAGCAAGGAGAGCACGUUUUACCUGCCAGUGCGCAAGAACCUUCACGUACAUCAUCCUCACAGUCGCCAGAUUCGAGAUUCUUUCCUGUAGAAGGUGAUAUGAUUUCAACAGUAGAAGCCUCAGUUUCCUCAAAAUUGCCUGAUGUAGCAUCCAAGGAUCCUGCAUCAAGAGAUCGAGAAAGUGCAGAUCGAUUUAAAAAUGAUGUUUCUCGGGCUGAGGUUGAACUUAGGCAGCAAAGAUCUUCCACUACAAAUAGAACAUCCACGGACAGGCCUCCAAAAUUUUCAGAAGGGGCAUCAAAUGGAGUUUCAGUUGCAACUGCUACCCAGCAAGAGAAUGUUCGACCCCUUCUUAGUUUGUUGGAGAAGGAACCCCCAUCGCGCAACUAUUCUGGUCAGCUUGAGUAUGUUCGCCAUCUCACAGGCAUGGAGAAACAUGAUAGUAUACUCCCUCUACUCCAUACAUCUUCUAAUGAUAAGAAAACAAAUGGCUUGGAUUUCUUGAUGGCGGAGUUUGCAGAGGUUUCUUUGCGUGCUAGAGAAAAUGCUAACAUAGAGACUUUACCCAAAAGUACACAAAAAGCCACAAAUAAGAAGGUAGGUCCGGUGGCUUCCACAGAGGGAGCUGCUUCCACUUCUGGAAUUGCAUCUCAAACUGCAUCAAGUGUGUUAUCUGGUUCAGGAGUUCUAAAUGCUAGACCAGGGAGUGCAACAUCUUCUGGAUUACUUUCACAUAUGGUGUCACCUUGGAAUGCUGACAUUGCUAGGGAAUACUUAGAGAAGGUAGCCGAGCUUCUACUUGAAUUCUCUGCAGCAGAUGCAACAGUGAAAUCCUACAUGUGCAGUCAAAGCUUGCUUAGCCGUCUUUUUCAGAUGUUUAAUAAGACAGAGCCUCCUAUUCUUUUGAAGUUGUUGAAGUGUAUUAAUCACCUUUCAACAGACCCACACUGCUUAGAACAUCUCCAGCGAGCAGAUGCAAUCAAAUAUCUGAUUCCCAAUCUUGACCUCAAAGAGGGACCCCUUAUUUCCCAAAUCCAUCAUGAGGUUCUCAAUGCAUUAUUCAACCUCUGCAAGAUCAAUAAGAGGAGACAAGAACAGGCAGCAGAGAAUGGAAUUAUCCCACAUCUGAUGCAUUUUAUAAUGUCUGGAUCUCCAUUGAGACAAUAUGCUUUGCCUCUUUUAUGCGAUAUGGCCCAUGCCUCACGCAAUUCUAGAGAACAGUUAAGGGCACAUGGUGGAUUGGAUGUGUACCUGAGCCUUCUUGAAGAUGAGCUUUGGUCUGUAACUGCAUUAGAUUCUAUUGCUGUCUGUUUGGCACACGAUAAUGACAGCAGGAAGCUGGAACAAGCAUUGCUUAAAAAGGAUGCGAUACAAAAAUUGGUCAAGUUCUUCCAGUGCUGUCCAGAACAGCAUUUUCUGCAUAUAUUGGAGCCUUUCUUGAAGAUUAUCACGAAAUCAUCUAGAAUAAACACCACACUGGCAGUCAAUGGUCUGACGCCACUGUUGAUUUCUAGACUUGAUCAUCAGGAUGCUAUAGCUCGUCUUAAUCUGCUAAAGCUAAUAAAGGCUGUAUAUGAGCAUCAUCCACGUCCUAAGCAGCUAAUAGUGGAGAAUGAUCUUCCUCAAAAGCUUCAAAAUCUCAUCGAGGAGCGCAGAGACGGACAAAGUUCAGGUGGCCAGGUUUUGGUGAAGCAAAUGGCUACUUCUCUUCUUAAAGCUCUCCACAUUAACACGGUUUUGUGAACAUAAAUAAAUAAUCAAAUAUUGAUUAAGCAAAACAGUUUUUCUGAUUUUCUUGCAGCUGUAUAGUUUGGUGCUUCUUCACUCCACUUUGUAAUUAUCACUAUUUUUCAUCAAUUUAUAAAUGUUGUGGUCAGACCUUUUUGUAACGUGCUGCCCUAAUCUUAUCGCAACUUGGAAGACUUUUUUAACGUGGCUUUAUUGAAGUUCAUUAUAACGUCAAGCACACUGGCCUUGAGUAAUGUUAAGUGGUUUAGUUUGAACAUUCAUUGAAAGCUGCAUCUUAGUGUGAAGCUGAGUUUGCCACUUAGACUUUUAGGGCGUUGCCUAAAGAGAAGACGCUGAGAUACUGUCAUGGAUGGUCAGAAGAGCUUCUCCGUAUUUUUUAUACAACGGAAUGAAUAGAGUUUCUUUAGAGUUUCAUGCGACAGUAGAAUAUGGUUCAAUGAUUGAGGUAAUAUUAGUGUAUGACUUAAAAUGAGUGAUGAUUGAAUCACCUAAAUUUGUCGAUGUUGUCGUUUGUUGCAUCUCUUGAAUAAUCUUUACGAUUGUUUACAGAAUGAAUUGAAGUAUUUAUAUUGGAGAAGAAAUGCUAUUUCCCUGACGUUUAAGCCU